CCGUGCCGCGGCUGCCGCCGGGGGAAGGCAGAGCUGCCGGGUUCCGGCGGAAGGGGCGGGCGGCAGCAGCGUGGGAGCGCCAUGGGCCGCAAGAAGAACAAGAAGGGUUCUGCCCGCGAGGGGCGGCUGGUGGUCACUUUCGACGAGAAGCAGCGGAGGGAGUACCUGACCGGCUUCCACAAGCGGAAGGUGGAGCGGAGGAAGGCGGCGCUGGAGGAGAUCAAACAGAAGCUGAAGAAAGAGCAGAAUAAAAUUAAAGAGGAGCGGCACCAGGAGUACCUGAAGAUGCUGAGCGAGAGGGAGGAGGCGCUCGAGGAGGCUGAUGAGCUGGAGCACUUGGUGACAUCGCGGACGGAGUCUGUGAACAUCGACCACCCAAACCACAUCGUAACAGUGACCACCAUCAGCGACCUGGACCUGUCGGGAGCACGCCAGCUGGGACUGACCAGCCCCCUGGGAAAAACUGAUGGAUCCGAAGAAGAGAAAGGGGAAGAGGUGGUGAACAAGCCUGUGAGAACAAUGCCCAAGAAGUCCAGAAACCCCUUCCUGUCUGAAAAAAUAUCUUCUCUUACUGCCACACUGCACAUGCACAGCCAAAAGAAGACAAAAAGAAAGAGAUCCCAACGUGGGCAAGGCCCACGUAAGAAAAUCCAGAAGUCCUGCACAGGGCGAACCACCAAGACUCAGCGUCGGCGGCUGACUGGGAAAAUGGGCCGUGACCAGGAUUAACAGAGAAACUAAUGUUCAGACCACCAGCUGGGACAGUGCUCCACAUCUGGCCUGCUGCUUUUUGGGUCCCUGUCAUUGUGGGCAAGCACCUUGUUUACAUGGCAUUCUGGCUAGCCAUUAACCCAGGCCAGUUCAGCCUUUCUGUAGCCACCUGAGCACUGGCCAGGGUGACCAGACACUCUACCCAUUUAUUUUUGCAGUGAUCUGCAGCUGAGUGUCUGGGUAUCACAGAAUCUUAAAAACUUCUGCUGAAGGUUGUGUUCUCUGUUUGGCAUAACCCUUCUGUCCUUGGCCCCCCCUUUCAGAGCUGAUACUUGGCUUUAUCAAAGAAGGGGAUCUGGGGCAGAGUGCAACAGGCACAUCGUUGUCAGGGCAAUUUGAGAGACUUGGGAGAGCUCUGCUUGCACUCCUGCAUCAGUGCCCUGGCAUUUCUGCUGUGCAGUAAAUCCUUUUUCCAUGGAGACGUGGUGUCAUCUUGUCUCCUGUGUUUCUUCACCACACAACACAGUGCCACACCUGAAUGCAGGGGUACUUUUUGUUUGGUACUUGUGCCAGGUGAAAUUGGGUAACUUUGUGAAUAAAUUUGAAGUCAUUUUGCCAAGUAAAACAAAAAUCUGUGACUUAUUUGAAGCAUAAUGGGAGCGAUGCUAACGCCAGUACCAACUGGAAAGUGGGGGAGGUAAUUCCUGGUGUUUAAAGGAUAUUGAAAUCCACUGGUGCUUGGAAAAUGGAAUAGCUAGGAGCUAUUUCUGUGGCAAGGCAGAGCCAGCUAGAGCAGGAAUGGCUCAUUCCAUUGUCUGCUGAAUAUGCCGAUCGUAACUGCGAUAGCUCAGGGGAGUAUGAAAUGCCCUAAUGCCCUUGCUGUGUGUGUGUGGCCCUCUCCGGGGUGGGAGUGGCACAGGCUGCCCUUGUCCCUUACCUCAGGGUUGCUGCAGUUAUUAGCAGCUAAUUGCCUUUCUUCUUAGGACCUCAGUGUAUGUUUUUUUACUGUGGUUGCCCUCAGCAGGGGAAGAAAAAAAAAUUGUAUAGUUGGGAUUUAGGAAUAUCCGUGGCAAAACUGUGAGUGAAUCCUCUGAGAGGAGAGUGAGCCCAGGCAGUGUGCUGGCCUCUGUCCUGGAGUAUCCUGGAGUAUUCUACUUCUGUCAGCCAAGCCUCCUCCCAUGCCAUGUGUGCACUGAAAAGGAAAUGACAAAGAAAGAAAAGGCCUAUGUGUCCAAAACCCACACCAGAAAAAUUUGCAACCCAGCAAUGGGCAAGUAAAUAGAUUCCUCAUGCCAGAAAUGGGAGGGAAAAGAGUAAAGCAGUGCCUGAGGCCACAUGGAGGAACAUCAGAACAAUGCUGAGGGCCACCAGCCGCUAAAGUGAAUGGCACCAGCCUGAUGUCUCUCUCCAUCGUUCCUUGUAGGGUGUGCACACAGAGCUGUUCUCCAGAGUGUGUUAAGGGGGAGGGUAUGACCUCAACACUGACAGCAGCAGCACAAUUUCUGCUACGGGGAGGCUUCUGGAAGGAGCCAGGCAACGCAGGACACGCGUGCUUGUGGUAAGGAAUGGGGUCCUCUUGCACUUGCCUUUCCCCUCUGAAGAAGGUAACUGCUGAGGAAGUGGACAUUGUUACCACUGGUGCCUUGUAUGCUUGGAUUCAGAGUCCCAUCCUGGGCUGAGUUCUGAGCACUAACACAGAAUAAACUCAGUCACAUUAUUAAGGUGUGUGUGUGGUUUUCUCACCUCACCUUUUAAUGCUGUCUUAAAGACCACUCCAGAAAGGUCAUGGGAUUUGAUGGGUGAGCUUACCUAUCCACCUGUCUCACCUGGGGUUCUUGGGUGUUUCAGAGCUGCAAAAACACAACUCGGGCAAGGCCAAAAGUGUUAUGCUCAACUGGAUCUCAGCCAAAGUAUCCAAGAGGUCCCAUGCGUGGAGUAUAAAUCAUUUCUUGUACUGGUUUGGGAGUUACAUGCUCUAGAGUGCUCUAGUGAGUUUGAGAGGGAUGAAGGAGAUAAGGAGAGGGAAGUUCUGUUUGGAGAGGUGUAUCACACCAAGGACACUGCAGCUCAAAGCUGGAGCACAGGGUGACAUCCUUGGUCUGGAUCAUGCAGCAGCUUUCCCUUCUCUCCAGGACAUAGUGCCUUGUGGACUGACUGUGGACAGAAGGUGACCUGUAUGCCUCCUCACCCGAGGAGUUUGCUCUGGAGCUGGGAUGGCCACUGUAAAAGAAAUACACUAUUGUUUGAGAAAUCUGCUGGAGUGUGGAAUGUGGCUCAGUUGCCUUCCCCAGCCUGUAGGCAGCCUGGCAUGGUAGCUGGGACAGAGCUGGAUGACCUCAUUGUAUUCCAGAUGAGGUGCUAAGAAUGGCUUCAGUUUUUGUCAUUUUGCUGCCAGGUGAUCUAGAAGAAUCUCACUUUUAGUUUGCUGUUUCCCUGGCCUAGUAACAUUUUUGAGCCUUUCUCAAGUGUCAGCUGAAGUCUCCAACAGCCCCUUCCAUGCUCUGAAAUCUUUCAGUUCCUGCUAGAAAAUGAGUUUUCAAAUUAAAAAAAAAAAAAAAACAUAUGGAAAAACUGAGAACAAAACUGUUAAAUCCUAUGCAGUGUUAACCAUCAGGAUUGUUCACUACACUAUUGAUUUCUCCAUUUGAUUGAUUAAAGCUUUAUUCUGUAAUGUGAA